AAUGUCAUGAAAUUUGUUUUGUCAAAAUUUAAUGUGAAUUUAUUUAUUUAAUGCAUUUCUUCAGGGUAGCAAAGGCAUCAUUCAUGUAAAUCUGGAAACAGUUUCUGGUUGUGGAAUAAUACUGAGGUAGUCAAGGCAGCCAUUUCGCCUGGGCACCAAAUACAUUUGCUUCGGCGCUGCUUGUUUGGACAUUUUUGCCGUUUGUUUUCGUAUAUUGUCUUCCUAGUCUCAUUGUAAAAAUGGUUCAACUGGGCUGGUUUUAUUACAUAUUCUGUACAGGAAAAUAAUAUUGGUUAUGUUGGUAAUAUCGCAUUACGUUGUCGACGUACUUGCCUGAUUUGUGUUGUAAUGCUUUGGAGGUUAUGUGAGUGUAAUUUGUAGUGGAGUAUAGUAAUAUCAUUUACUUAAAUUAAUUUUGUAUGCUAUGUGGAGAUUUUCGAAAUUAUACCAGCCCACAAAUGGCAUAUUUUGCAGGUAUGCUGCAGAUGUUUGGUGCAAUAAACCAUUGGCCACCACCUUAAGGCUCAUAAAAGAACACCUAAAAGUGGAUACACAGACGUUACACCACUGUACCAAAAGACCACCGUUAUCCGUAAAUGGAUACAGGAAACCUCGUUAUCUCCUCUACAAAUUAUGUUUUGGGGUUGGAACAGUGUGGGGAGUGAAGACAUGUGCUGGUAGCAUAUUAGCAUCCUGCCACACAUCACAAACAUCAAGAAUAUCAGGACUGAAAUUUGAGGAAAAUUUUGAAGUGGAUCCCAAGUUUGAUUGGAACAAAUUUUUUGCUCUCCUAUGGCCGCACAUAUACUAUCUGUUGGCAGCAAUUGCAGGGGCGUUAGUAGUUGCUGUGUUGAACAUUGAAAUACCUCGGUUACUGGGAAGUGUAAUUAAUGUGGUUGCUAAGUUUGCACAGAAUGGUGGUAGUGCAUUAUUUAGAGAACAAGUUAAGUUGCCAGUCUUUCGCCUGGUCUUCUUGUAUGUGUCACAGGCUUGCUUCACUUUCAUGUACAUCUACAUUUUGUCAUGUGUAGGCGAGAAAGUAGCAACCCAAUUGAAGCAGGAGUUGUUUGAGUCCAUCAUGAAACAAGAUAUUGCUUUUUUUGAUCGACAAAGAACAGGAGAGUUGGUUAAUAGGCUGACCUCUGAUAUCCAAGAUUUUAAAAGUGCAUUCAAGCUCUGCAUUUCACAGGGAUUACGGAGUAUUGCGCAGAUAAUUGGUUGUGGUGCAUCACUCUUCCUUAUUUCACCACAGAUGACCUGGACGAUGCUUUUAAUUGUCCCAACAGUCAUCGUAACAGGAACUGUGUUAGGUUCAAUGCUGCGCAAGCUAUCGCGAGAUGCGCAGGCCCAGGCUGCUAAGGCAACCAGCGUAGGUGAAGAAGCCAUCAGCAAUGUUCGCACGGUACGAGCUUUUGCCAUGGAAAGUCAAGAGUGCGAGUUAUUCCGCCAACAAUGUGAUGAAGCGAGUCACCUGAACCAACAUUUGGGUUUUGGUAUUGGACUGUUUCAGGCAGGAACAAACCUGUUUCUCAAUGGGAUGGUUCUAGCAACUCUGUAUUUAGGAGGGUACUUGGUAUCAAACCGCCAGGUGUCGCCUGGUGAUCUAAUGUCAUUCCUUGUGGCCACACAAACAAUUCAGCGCUCUCUUACACAGCUUUCUCUGUUGUUUGGUCAGAUGGUGAAAGGACUAGGGGCAGGAGCAAGGGUCUUUGAAUUCAUUAACUUAGAAUCAUCAAUGCCUGUAACAGGAGGUAAGAAGAUUCCACACCACUCUCUGAUAGGAGAUGUUUCAUUCAACGAUGUUACGUUUGCGUAUCCUACAAGACCACAACAGGUUGUGCUGAAGAACUUUAACCUUCACAUCCCUGCUGGAAAGACAGUCGCCAUUGUAGGAUCAUCAGGCAACGGGAAAUCAACAGUUGCAGCUCUUCUGGAAAGGUUUUAUGAUGUUGACGAAGGUUCUGUCACUGUCAGUGGUGUUGACAUUCGUGAGCUGGACCCUUCUUGGUUGCGGGGAAAUUGUAUCGGGUUCAUAAAUCAAGAACCAGUGUUAUUUGCUAGCAGCGUCAUGGAGAACAUACGUUAUGGGAAACCCAGUGCUUCGGAUAGCGAGGUCAUAGAGGCAGCAAAAUUGGCAAACGCAGAUGAAUUUAUCCAGAAUUUUCCAGAAGGUUAUUCCACAUUGGUUGGUGAAAGGGGUGUAACAGUGUCAGGAGGACAAAAACAGCGCAUUGCCAUUGCAAGAGCUCUUCUGAAAAACCCUUCCAUCUUGAUACUGGAUGAAGCUACCAGUGCUCUUGAUGCUGAGUCAGAGAAGAUUGUGCAGACUUCUCUGGACAAUGUGAGCAAAGGUCGAACUGUUCUGGUUAUCGCCCAUAGACUCAGUACGGUCCAAAAUGCAGAUAUGAUCGUGGUGCUUCACAACGGUGUUGUAGUGGAGAUGGGCACUCAUGACUUCCUGAAAGUACAGAGGGGCUUCUAUUGGAAUUUGAUUAGGCAGCAAGAAAUGUCAGAAAAUAUAUCUCGGGCUUUAGGCUAAACCAAUGUUGUGUACAGUGAAUAUACUAUUUACUAGUAAUAUACUAUUGUUCUUAAUGUAGGUAAUUUUUUAUUGUCUGUGUAUUUAGCAGCUUACCAGCUCUUUGAGAUUUUAAGUUCUCUUCAGGGCCAUAAUGUCAUGUGACCGUGAACAUGGAGGUGAUAACAUUCCUUCAAAAUGUUGGUAACCACCUACAAGGCCUCACAGUGUCACUACCCAGAAGACCACAAUUCACAGCUUCAAUGCUGUCAGAACCUCAAAUCUCAAAACUUGUAAAAACUUUUAAUGUAAAAUAAGGGACAUUAGGAUACAAUGUUUUAUUUUGAUAUGGGAGCAAUAUUUGCAGGCUCUGAAAUUACACUUAAUCAAGUAUUGAGGUGCAGAAUAUCAUUGACUUUCUUUAAAAACCAUUUAUAUUUGUAGGAUUGGGUUUUAACGGUGGUGAGUCCGAAGAUGGCUGUCUUCUGGGUUGUAGUGCCAUGUAGUCUGGAGGCCGUGAUGAUGGAGGAAGUGAGGACCUCAGAAACAUUGAUAAACUUCUGCCAGACUACACAGGGCUACAACCUAGAAGACAGCCAUUGCCAUCUAUGUUUGAGUCACUCAGUUUUUCAGGAGACACUGAAAACAUGUUAUAAAUUAUAAUAUACAGUAUGUAGUUGUACAUAUUGGCAUGGUUGCUAGGGACACCACAAUCAACAGUACACUGACAUAGUACCAUAUUUAAAAUACAUGUAGAAGAUAUGUAAUUAUAACCUCUGCCAAAAUUUUCCUUCUCCAUAUUAUGAAAAAUGAGUUUGAUUUCUCCAGAAUUCAGUUCAUCUUGUGUGUUGAAGACUGAUGAACAUAUAAUCAGAAUAAGUCCUAUUUAAUGACACUGUAUCAGGUUUUAAAAAUUCCAAUUCGUUUCUAAAAAUGUCUUUUAAUAUGUAUUUUGUCACUACACAACAUUUUACAGUUUCUAUGGUCAUAUUUUUUAGAUAUCUUACAGCCUAUAUUAUGAAUUAAAUUACUGUACUAUAUUUUAUUUGUGGUGAUACAGCCAUGUAGAAAUAAACAUGUCCUCUUCCAAUUU